UCCUCUUUUUACAUAUAUACGCAGGCAGGCUGCAUAGAUGUGGACACUGCAAUAAAAAAUAAAUAAAUAAAUGUUGUUCAGUAGCAUUUCAUCGAACACUUGGCUGCUAAGCAUCGGCCUGCUAGUGUGUAUAACAAUAUGCGGUUGCAAUGCGAGUGUGGAUCCGAACUUCCGAGUUAGAGCGGUAGCUCUAGGAGGUUGGUUGGUCACAGAAGGCUGGAUUAAACCUUCCCUCUUUGAUGGAAUCCCAAACAAAGACUUCUUGGAUGGAACUCAGUUUCAGCUCAAAUCAGUCACCACUGGCAAAUAUCUCUCUGCUGAGUUUGGAGGAGGAAGCAUCGUUGUCGCCAACCGAACAACUCCUUCCAGCUGGGAAACAUUUACGGUGUGGAGGCUGAAUGAGAAAGCUUUCCAGUUGAGGGUGUUUCAAAAGCAAUUUCUGGGUCUGGACUUGAAUGGGAAAGGGAAAGCACUAGUGGCGGUGGCUAACUCACCUGGGGUUUUGGAGACAUUUGAGAUUGUGAAAAAACCCGGUAACUCGAAACGGGUUCGGAUUAAAGCAACCAAUGGAAUGUUCUUGCAGGCAAAGACAGAGGAGCUGGUGACUGCUGAUUAUCCAGCUGGGAAUACUACUACUGGCUGGGGAGACGAUGACCCAUCUGUUUUUGUUUUCAGAAUUGCUGGAAAAUUGCUUGGCGAGUAUCAAGUAACAAAUGGUUAUGGUCCACUGAGAGCACCACAAGUUAUGAGGGAGCACUGGAAAACCUUCAUAGUGGAAAGUGACUUCAAGUUCAUAUCAGAAAAUGGAUUGAAUACUGUGAGAGUACCAGUGGGUUGGUGGAUAGCAAGUGAUCCAUCACCCCCUAAGCCCUUUGUGGGAGGUUCCUUGGCAGCGUUAGACAAUGCCUUCAUGUGGGCUAAUAAAUAUGGAGUGAAGGUUAUAAUAGACCUGCAUGCAGCACCGGGCUCCCAAAAUGGGUGGGAGCAUAGUGGUACCAGAGAUGGCUCUCUUGAAUGGGGCAAAACAGAUGAAAACAUAAAGCAAACUGUUAAUGUCAUAGAAUUCCUUGCUUCAAGGUACGCCAAACAUCCAAGCCUAUACGCAGUAGAACUUAUAAACGAGCCUCUAUCCCCUGGAGUUUCUGUAGACACAUUGAAAAAGUUCUACAAGGCUGGUUAUGAUGCUGUUCGUAGGCACACUGACAAGGCCUUUGUGAUAUUCUCAAACCGUUUGGGACCAAUGAAACCCAGAGAACUCUUCCCUGUGAUCAGCGGCUUAAAAGGAUCGGUCAUUGAUGUCCAUUACUAUCAUCUCUUCACUGAUGACUUUAACAAAAUGACCGUCCAACAGAACAUCGACUAUAUCUACAGCAAUAAUACCGAGGAAUUGAAUCGUGUUACCACAUCCAAUGGCCCUCUCAUUUUUGUUGGUGAAUGGGUGGCUGAGUGGAAAGUUAAGGAUGCAACAAAAGAAAAUUACCAAAGAUAUGCAAAAGCUCAAUUGGAUGUUUUUGGGAGAGCAACAUUUGGGUGGUCUUAUUGGACGCUUAGGAAUGUAAACAAGCAUUGGAAUCUUGAGUGGAUGAUCAAGAAUGGUUAUAUCAAGCUCUAGAUUUAGAAAAAAAAAAUAAUAAAUAAAUAAACCAGCCAAUUAUUGGGCUAGCUGAUUUUGUGCAUAUUAGUCUGUACGCUUACUUCAUUUUGGACCCUGUUGACAAUAAGAAUCCAGGGUUUUUCCAAGAGCACUGCGAGUUCUUUACGUUUUUAAGACAUACAUUGAUCUGGAUCUUUCUAUGCA